AUGCUUGUAAUUCAAAAGGCAGAUAUUAAUUUAAGAGAAUUUUUACAACAAAAUCAUAAUCAACUAAUAUGGAAAGAAAGAAUUGGAAUCAUUUAUAAAAUAAUUGAUUCGCUUGAUAGGAUUCAUAGAGAGAAUCUGAUUCAUAGAGAUUUACAUUCUGGGAAUAUAUUAUAUUCACAAUUUAAUGAUGAUUGGUAUAUUAGUGAUCUUGGAUUUUGUGGCCCUGCAGAUAAACCAUCAAUGAGUAUAUAUGGUAAUCUUCCUUACAUAGCACCUGAAAUUAUUAAUGGAAAAGAAUAUACUUUUAAAUCUGAUAUUUAUAGUAUUGGCAUGCUUAUGUGGGAAAUUUCAUCUGGUCAACCACCAUUUAAUAAUCACGAACAUGAUUAUGACCUUGCACUUAAGAUUAUUAAUGGCAUGAGGCCAAAAAUGAGAUCAGAAAUUCCUUUAAAAUAUAAAAAUUUGAUGGAACAAUGCUGGGAUGCUAAUCCAUCAGAAAGGCCAGACACUUAUACACUUUUGAAAGAAAUAAGAGAAAUUAAGUUAUAUUAUCAAAAUAAUCCAAAUGAAUUACCUCAACUAAAAGCAAAAAUAGAUAAAGAAGCAAACUAUACAAACAUAAGCAGUAAAUUAUUUACAAGUAAAAUUCAUAAAUUUGAAAAUUUACCUGAACCAAAAAAUGCAACAGAAGGUAUAGUUUAUCAACAUUUGUAA